UCAUUCAUACUCUCUUUCUCAUUGUCCCACUCUUUCUUUCUCAAGCGCGCGGCCGCAAACAAACAUUACUCUUACUCUCUGAAUUCGGUGCUUCUAUUCUAUGGCGAUGGAGUUCGUGAGUCCUGAAGGCCUGCGGUUAGAUGGACGCCGGCCUAUGGAGAUGAGGCAGAUUCGAGCUGAACUGGGUGCCGUAUCCAAAGCUGAUGGCUCUGCUCUUUUUGAAAUGGGUAACACCAAGGUCAUUGCUGCAGUUUAUGGACCUAGAGAGGUCCAAAAUAGGAGUCAAGCAAAUGAGGAACGUGCACUGAUCCGUUGUGAGUAUAGCAUGGCAAAUUUUAGUACUGGAGAUCGUAGGAGGAAACCAAAGGGAGACAGACGGUCGACAGAGAUAUCUCUGGUUAUCCGCCAGACAAUGGAAGCUUGCAUAAUGACCCAUCUAAUGCCUCACUCUCAGAUAGACAUUUUUGUCCAAGUCCUCCAAGCAGAUGGAGGAACAAGAUCUGCCUGUAUAAAUGCAGCAACCUUGGCACUUGCAGAUGCUGGAAUUCCUAUGCAGGAUCUUGUUACUUCCUGUAGUGCCGGAUACCUGAAUAGCACUCCUUUACUAGAUCUAAAUUAUGUAGAGGAUAGUGCCGGGGGCCCUGAUGUAACAGUUGGAAUUCUUCCUAAGUUGGACAAAGUGACUCUUCUUCAGAUGGAUGCAAAGUUACAAAUGGACACUUUUGAAAAUGUAAUGCAGCUGGCAGUAGAGGGUUGUAAGGCAAUAGCAAGUUACAUAAAGGAGGUGUUACAUGAAAACACCAAGCAACUAGAAUAUCGGCGAGGUGCAUAGGUUUCAUGAUGGUGGUGAGAAACUUUCUGUUUGUUUUCUCCUGAGCAGCAGGAAUUCAUCAGCAGCAUUCCAACCCUUUUGAUUUGAACACCACCCUUAAUAUAUUUAGAGGGAGGGUGAAUUGAUGGUGGAGGAGGAACUGUUUCCUUUCCCCAUUGUAAGUGAUUCUUGUUAUAUGAUUAAGAGCUAAGUAAGACAGAUCAAUUUGAAAUCUAUCUUUUUGUUUCCUGAAUCUAGUGGAUCUCUUUUCUUUUUAUCUUCCAUUUCUCCAAUGCAAAUACAUUUUUUUUGGUUAUGAA